UUACCGAGUGGUGUGUCUGUGCCCGUGUUUACUGCAUUCGCGCGUCCGUCCGUCCGUCCGCCGCCGUAGUCGUCGUCGUCGGUUUUUAGUCGAUUUUUUUAUUAUUUUGUUUUUAUUUCCGUAGGACUUGCCGUCGCUCUCGACAUUCGACCGGUACGCACGUUCGUUUUGCGUGCAAAAUAAUAUUAAUAUUAUUACACGUCGAACGUGUCUGUUCACGGGCUCCGGACGAUCGUUUUUCGCGCUCACACGGUCCGCAUCACAGCCGUCGUCACCCGCAGAGACCUAACCGUCUCCCGACACUUCGGCAAACACUAUGCUCCGGCCGUGGGCCAACGCCGCGCACGACCGACGUGACCACGUCUCGGCCGCCGUCGUGCCGACGCGUUGUUAACGACACUCGCGCGGCGUAACGCACCGGAGAAUCGUCCGGCGAGGACACCUCCCUCGGGCCCGUCGUGUCGCAUCACACGUUAUCGCAUAAAGCCGUCGUCGACGCGAGCGCAUUUUCGGUUCGCGCGACAUCGCGUAAGAGUAUCGGCGCCGAUCACCGUCGCCGCGUCACAACAUGGUUCUGUUCGACAACCUGUUCGGGUUCCCGGGGCUGCCGGGCUGCCUGCGGUUCUUCUCGCCGUCGCCGUCCGCCGCCGCCGGGCGACGGCCCGCGUCCGCCACCAUGCGCGGCGUGUCGUGCACCAAGAUCACGUCGUGCCUCACGCUGGUCCUGCUCAUAUGCUUCGAGACGGUCCUGCUGUCCACCGUCAGCGAUUGCACCAAGUCGUUCACCGUGCACUGGAACACGUCGAAUUCAAUAUUCCGGAUAGACAACACGGACCACAUAAUCGACGUGAACAAAGGAAACCAGCCUUUCGAAUACGACCAAGUGAACAUCGUAUGUCCCGUGUACGCGCCGGGGACGCACGAGUCGGACGCCGAAAAGUACAUCAUUUACAACGUGUCCAAGGAGGAAUACGAUAUGUGCCGAAUCACUAAUCCCAAUCCGAGGAUCAUAGCGUACUGCGACAAGCCGUACAAACUUAUGUACGUCACCAUAACAUUCCGGUCGUUCACGCCUCAGCCCGGUGGACUCGAAUUUCAGCCGGGACAAGACUACUAUUUCAUUUCCACUUCGUCCAAGGACGAUAUCCACCGCAGAAUCGGCGGCCGCUGCUCCACCAACAACAUGAAAGUCGUGUUCAAGGUGUGCUGCAGACCAGAAGACCAACAGAACAACCAGAACUUAGCCCCUCGACCAACGCAGAACGCUGGCAACCCUCAGCGACUUCCAGUGCCGGGCAGCACGCACGGAUAUCCGGCUCGACCUCCAUCGGUGUACGCAUCGUCCACACAGCAGCCAUCGUUGGCCGGCAAGCAGCCUCCGUUCGGCGCCACCGGACCAUCAGUGCACAACAACAACAAGCCAUCACACAAAAAAUCAUCCGAAUACGACAAGCAUCCCAACGAAGUGGUCAAGAACGAAGAGCUCACGUACAACGGUGCCGGCGCGACCGCCGCAAACAUUUCGGCAAAGGCGUUGGCGGUUCUAUACCUCGUGGCUUUUGUCGCUUACGAACGGAUCAUACGUCGAUAGACGGUCACCGCUCCGCCAGAGUAUAGCCGGAUCCCCUCUCCCUACCCACAUCAACACUCCGCGAAAUACGACAAACGUUUAUUUUAACGUAAGAAUAAUAUUAUGUGACAUAUUAUUAUUAUUGCAUUAUUGACAACACACUGUGUAUAUACCUACCUAAAUGGUGUUUUUAUUUUACUAUAAUAUU